AUGCCGCGUGGGGUGCAUAAAAUGAAGAGAUUAAGUGGACAUCAACAAAGAAAAUUAAAGGAAGCUAAACUUAAAUUCCUUAAAAAAUAUGCAGGGUCAAUACUUCAAUACAUAGAUAACCUAAAUGACGGCCAAUGUUCUUCAAAAGACAGUACUUUGAUACAAACUCCAUUAGUAGUAGAAGAAAGUGAAAAUGAAGCUUCUAAUAAUAGCACCUUCACUGUUGACAUGGAAAAAAAUGACCAAGAAAAUGAAGCUGAAUCUCCACAAGUAUUAGAAAUCACCAAUUUAGAAAAACAUGAUGGAAAAACUAACUUUAAAAUCUUUUCUGACGUCUCUUUUUGGAAAUUACCGCUUCAAGACCACCUUCGAAUUGAGAUUAUUAAAAAGGGAAGUUCUACAUUUCAAAACAAAGAUGGACCAUUUAAUGUAGUACAACGAAAUGUCACUCAAAUGAAAGGCCAUGAUCGUCACCUUUCCUCUGAAUGGUUUUAUAAACAAAUGAAAAAUGGUGAAAAAAUUUUACGUUCAUGGAUGGUUUAAUCACCCAACAUUGGAAAUUUAUACUGUUUUUUUUGUCGAUUAUUUGCCAGUAAUAUUACCAAUUUGAUAUCAAAAUUCGUCACUGGAUUUCAAAAAUGGUGGAAAUUAAAUCCAAAAAUAUAUGAGCAUAAAUCAUCUGACAAUCAUUUGCGAUUUUUGGAAAAAUGGAAGAUUCUGGAAACAAAUUUAAAAUCUAAUAAUACAAUCGAUGCCGAAAUUAUUUCUUUUACAGAAAAUGAAAAGAAAAAGUGGCGAAACAUAUUGUAUAGGCUCUUAGAUGUAACUUUGUUUCUUGCUAAGCAAAAUUUGCCAUUUCGUGGACAUCAGGAGGAUGAAUCAUCUUUGAAUAAAGGUAAUUUUUUAGAAUUAGUGGAUUUGCUUUCAACAUAUGACCCUAUAUUAAAGGAGCAUUUAAUUAAAUUAAGGAAAAGUUAUUCCAAGGUUUCGUAUCUUUCCCCAAAAAUUCAAAAUGAAUUUAUCAGUUGUCUGGAAAGUCACGUAAAAAACAAACUUAUUGAAGAAAUAAAAUCCGUGCGAUGUUUUGGCGUAAUGUUUGAUAGCACUCCUGAUAUAUCUCACGUGGAUCAAAUGUCUGAGGUGAUCAGAUUUAUUAAAAUUGAAAAUAAAAAGGUAGAAAUAAAAGAGGCAUUUUUAGGAUUUUUUCCAUUAAAAGGAAAAAAGGCUCUGGACUUAAGUACUGAAAUACUUAAACAAUUAGAAUCUGUUGGGUUAGAUAUAAUGAUGUGCCGCUCCCAGGGAUAUGAUAAUGCUGCUACAAUGGCUGGAAUCCACGGAAGUGUACAGAAAAUUAUUUCUGAUAAAAUAAUAAGCCAAUUUUUAAUGGAUGUAUUGAUCAUUCCCUAA